AUGCAGAAAUGUAUAAUUCGCUAUGAUAUUAUUUCCGUGCUCGAUAAAGUUUGUGUAGUUGUCACACGUUCGCGAGAAUCGGACGACAAUGGAGUCGCACGUGGCAAAGCAUCAGUGGCUCGAGACCCUCGAGCGAUUCGCGUUUCGCCAGACCGUGCCGCGGUUGUCUCGUCGCUCAUUCCCGGAAGGUUCCUGCACCUCUUUUUCAGCGCACUGCAAGCCAUCGAGGCGGGGGACACCGCGGAGGCGCGCGCCCUUAUCGCCACUCUCCGCGAAGCUGCGGGUCUCAAGCCUGCGUCCGCGGACCCCGCUUCCUCCUCGCCCGCGCCUCCGCGGAAGUCGGCGCUCAAGUCCCUCGACGUGUCGCCAAAGCUCUCGAGUGUGACGGCGGACGCCGCGUUUCUCGGGCCGGGCGGCCUCGUUCGUCUUAUUCAGGAGCUCGAGCUGCGGCUCGCCGUGGCGCUCUGGGACUCUGGAGACCGCGACUCGUGCGUUGAAAUUAUUAAGAAGGAGCUGAAUGUGACGCUCAACACCGCCCUUCCUGCUAGCAUUGCCACAGCACCUGCCGUCCCCCCUACAGUACCAUCAUUUGAUGUGACAAUAGAGGAUGCGGAGGGAGCAGUGGCGGCUGUAGCGCCGGCUGUAGCACCCGCCACAGCUGUAGCAGGGAGUGAAACACCUGGUGUGGCAGCAGCAGCAACUGCUGCAGGAGGCGGUUCAGGUGGUCUUUCAGGUGAUUCUGGCACGGGUGGAGCAUCCGCUCUCUCGUCCUUCCCCUCCACACUGCCGCCCGAGUUCGCCGACCAUUUGUCUCUUCUGGAGCUGACGUGGCAGCAGCAUGGGUGGCAGGGGCUCAAGGAGGGGGGGCUUGCGCCAGUUCUGGCGCGCCUGCUGGCAAAGGAGGAGGCAGAAGGGCAGGGGGGAGGGUCGGGGGGAGGGUUUGGGGGAGCGUCUGGGCGGGGGGUGGGGGUGGGGGCACUGGUGGGGCAAGCCACUGGGUGGGUGGGGGGGGCGGUGGGGUGGAUAAAGGGGAAGGGGGGAGUCUGGAAGAAGACGGAAGGUUCGCAGAAGGUUCCGUUUUGGCUGCGAGAGCCGAGUGACAAAAAGUCACUGCAGCAGCUGCUGAUGCAUGUGCGGUGCCCCUCAUUGCCCCGACUGGAGGACGCAGUGGCAUGGGAGCUGCAGCGGUUGGAGCGGGAUGAGCCGGACGCCUUCAGCCGUCUCAGCCUCCCGAUUCUGCAUAUCCUCACUCCCCCGCAGCUACAGUCUCUUGCCGCCCGCUUCCCGUCCAUCGCCACACAUCCGCGCAUGCUGGCGCUGCGGGCCAUUCAGAUGCUGCCACGUGGCAUGUCUCUGGACACCUCCGCACCAACCCCAGAAAGCGUCGAUCAGAUCUUGAGCUAUUUGGACCGCAUACAACCACUGCUAACCAGCGACCACCUGAGGGCGAAGCUGCUGUUUGCGCGCCUCACGCUCAGCCUCGUGCACGGCCAGGCGGACGCUGCCCUGCUCCUCGCCUUCCUUUCCAUCAUCCACAACGGCCCUUACGGCGUCUUUCCUCCCGCAAAGCCACACGAGGAGGAAGCAUUCGCCUACUUCCCUCUCUUCGCCUCCUGCCCCUCGCCAUCCGAUGUCAAGGAGCUCGUAGCCCAGCUCUUCCGAAACCUCUUCUCCUCCCCUUCCUUCUCCUCCUCCCUCGCCUCCCCUGCCUCCUCCUCCUCCUCUGCACCCCAAUUCGCUCUUCCUACGAGUAUCACCUCCCGCCCUACGUUCCAUUCGACUCCUGCCACGUCAGCAUCAGCAGCAGUGGCAUCGUCAGCGCAGUUCCCGUUUGCAGCGGAUUCGCCGGAGGCAGCGGCGCUGGUGGAGAGGGCCAUGCACACGUGGCAGCCUCUGAUUGGGCAGGGCAAGCUGGACUGGAGCUACGUGGCGCUGCUAUUGGCUGAGAGCCGGCUGUGCUGCGCGGACGACCCUUACUACCCCGUCUGGCUGCACCUCUAUCUCACGUCCUAUCAGCGCCAGCAUGCGCCUGACAACCCGACAGCUGGCAGCAGCGCAUUGGCCGAGCUGACAGGGCGCUGCCAGCUGGACUUUGCCGCCCACAACCGGCGGGUGUGGCGGGCGGCAGAUUCGGUGCAUCUGGACGUGAUUGUGAAGAAUGUGCCUGUACUCGCUGUGAAGCUGUUUGAGGUGGAUUCGCUGCGCUACCUGCUCUCCUCGCCAAGUGAUACGGAAUUCUCCAAUCUGGGGUCACUGCACGGACUCAAACCAUGGUAUCUGGCCGGGCGGCGGGGCGUGUUUGUAGUGCAGCUGGAGGGCGGCGGGCUGUGCACGCGGGCUAUCAUCCGAAAGGGAAAUCUAGUCCACACGGCCACCCUCACCCCUCGUGGUCUCGCAAUUCGCAUGCUCAACGAAGACGGUGCUCUUGUGCUGCCCACCACUGCCGGGCCACCAUCGUCCUCUUCCGCACCAGCAGCAGCCGAACCAGGCGGAGGUUCGGCUGCAGGGCUUGGGUGGAGUGUGUGGGUGGAGGGGGUGGAGUAUGCGGUGGGGAGCGGUGGGGACGUUUUGCUGCCAUUCACUGCCAGCAGCAGGGAGUGCACUCCCGUGCUCUUUGACGGCUGUCUGGCUGCUGUGGGUGCAUCCGUGCAAGUUCCAGAAGAAAGUUACAACCUCAACUUGCACGCCUGGCUCAAUCAACCCUUCCUCCGCCCCUCUGCUGACGCCCGAUUCGGAGUUAACGCACAGGACAAAAGUCCCGGACGGCGCUGUUUGUCUGGAAGUGGACCUUCGGGGAACAGUGGUAUUGCAGAGCAAGGGCGGGCAGGAAAAGGCGCUGAGUGCUGA